AUGCUGCAUGCAGGUAAAAAAAUGUGGAUAUGGAUAACUGUUGUCUCAGUAGUAGCUGCUCUGUUAGUAAUAUGUGCAAUUGCCCUUGUCAUAAAGAAAAGAAAACGUCUGCUUCAAGAGAAAAAAAGAAAAGGGGUCGCUGAGAAUAACAUGGCAGAUUUAGCAGCACCAAAUAGAUUCUUUGAUGUCAAAGCCUCGGACGAUGAAUUCAAGAUGAUACAAAAUCUAAACGUGUUUCACUAUACAUUAGUAUUGUCGGCAACAGACGACUUUUCUUCUGAAAACAAAUUAGGAGAAGGAGGAUUUGGACCUGUUUAUAAGGGAAUCCUUCCUUCUGGUCAAGAAGUUGCCAUAAAAAGACUUUCAAAAACAUCAGGACAAGGAAUUGUAGAAUUCAAAAAUGAACUGGUGCUUAUAUGUGAACUUCAGCACAUGAAUCUUGUACAACUACUUGGAUAUUGUAUUUAUGAAGAGGAAAGGAUUCUAAUUUAUGAGUUCAUGUCAAACAAAAGCUUGGACUGCUAUUUAUUUGGUGAGAAUUAUUUCUUAACUUAAUUUUAUUAUGACAAAGGCAAGGUUUUGGACUGGAAGAAGCGCUUCAAUAUAAUAGGAGGAAUCUCUCAAGGAUUACUCUAUCUUCAUAAGUACUCAAGACUAAAAGUAAUUCAUAGAGACUUGAAAGCUAGUAACAUACUUCUUGAUGAGAAUAUGAAUCCAAAAAUUUCUGAUUUUGGAUUGGCAAGAAUGUUUACACAGGAAGAAUCCAUGAAAAAUACUAGUAGGAUUAUUGGAACCUAUGGUUACAUGUCCCCUGAAUAUGCCAUGGAAGGAAUUUUUUCUACAAAAUCUGACGUUUACAGCUUUGGAGUGUUGCUGCUUGAAAUUGUUAGUGGGAGAAGAAACACUAGCUUAUAUGAUGUUGAUCUCCCUCUUAAUCUUCUAGGACAUGCGUGGGAGUUAUGGAAAGAAGGUGCACCUCUCCAAUUAGUAGAUCCAUCAUUGAGUGAGUCAUUUGAUCUUGAUGAAGUGAAAAGAUGCAUUCAAGUGGGUCUCUUAUGCGUAGCACAAUAUGCAAAUGAUCGACCAACAAUGUUUGAUGUUGUAUCAAUGUUAACAAAUGAAAGUUCAAUAGUUACCUUGCCUCAAAAACCUGCUUUUUAUUUGGAAAGAGGUUACUUUGAUAAGAAAAUGUCUUCUGAAGAUUUAAAUACUAACUCUAUGGAUGAAAUUACUGCUUCCUUCUGAGAACGAGAUUUUGUUUAUAUGCAUUUUUUUUUGUAAAGAUUAC